UCCUAUUUAACCACCCAGAAGCGAUUCCAUAUUUUUAUUACUGUUGCUUAUCCUGCGCUAAACAUAGCACUAUUUCAAAAUGUCACCAUUUUCUUUAGCCUUGUCUGUCCUUGCAAUCCUUCAGCUUGUAGUCGGGCGUGCGACCGGGUAUUAUAUCUACAGUGGAACUGAAGAAAGCGCCAGCCGGCAAUAUGAAGCUGCUGUCUGCGCUAUACCUGGCGUUCAGUGCCCAUCAACUACUCGAGAGCCAUUUUACCCGGACCAUUCAUCCGGAAUGAACUACUGCAUGUUGUUUCCGAGAAACGACGAUCCGCUUUUGGUGAUCGGGUCAUGCCUGAAGUCUGAGUUCAAAGACCUUCUUCUGCUGGUUAUCUAUCCAACUUGUUUGUUUAAAGCCAGCUUCGGAAGCAUGGCGGAAGUCAUACGUAGACACGUUGACCACUCUAUGUCGGACAUGUGGUACAAUCUGGUACCAGUGCCUAUGUUUCCCUACUCGGACGCUUUGGAGUCUGUGAAACGAUGCCUCGACCGCAAUGAAACAUGUCACGACUGUGUCCAGCAUACCCAGCUGUCGGAUCUCAUUGACCAGGGCUACCAGGCUAACAAAUACGCUCCUACCACACCCUCCACCACACCCACUACGACAACUACCACUAGAGCGCCAUGGAAAAGAAACUGCAAAAGCCACGCGGGGAAUGCAGUGUGUAAUGUGGACAAGGGAGAGUAUUGUGAUUGUUGUUUCUCCGAGUUGGACGAAAAUAACUGUUAUAGCACUGACCUCAUGAAUCAUGGGUCAUUUAGAGGAUAGGAGCUCGCGCCCUGGCUUUCCAUAAUGUUUGCAACCUUGGUCCCACAAAAACGUGUUUUCCCGCUUUGUCGUGCUACAUGCAGAUUGCUUCUGAAAUCGGAAAAUU